AUGUUUCCCUUUUCCUUCGGCCUGUUCCCCAAUUGGAGUUGGUUUUGUAUUUUCGUCACGCUCUUCCUCUUCCGCUACUUCAGACUCUGGGUCAAUCUCGCAAGCAAUUGGACAUAUCAGCCCAUCCAGCCUGUUGACGAACCUACUAUCACAUCUAAAGAUGUCACAGUCAUCAUUCCGACUGUGGCCGAAGACCUACAACAGUUGAAAGAAACUGUUCAAAGCGCCUACCGUCUCGAGCCGUACGAGGUGAUCCUUGUCACUCCUGACUUGAGGAUCAAGCGUGUCUACCAAUUGGUGGCAGAGCUAGGCAACCCUAAGCUGAUCCAGGUGCUGUCUGUCAGUCAGGCGAACAAGCGUCGCCAAUUGUGCCGAGCGAUCCCUGAGGUCGAAACAAAAAUCACAUUACUGCUGGACGAUGAUGUCUGGCUGCCAGAGAAGUUCAGCAAAUGGCUCUUGGCACCUUUCGAGGACCCCCGCAUGGGAGGCGUUGGGACCAACCAGCAGCUUCGUCGCGUAAAUCGCAAUAGCAUCUGGGAGUUUCUCGGCGCCAUGUACCUGGUGAGGAGGAACUUUGAUUGCACCGCCUGCAACUGGAUUGAUGGUGGGCUCCCAUGCCUAUCUGGCCGAGCAGUGGCGUAUCGAUCCGAGAUCCUGCAGGACCCCAAGUUCACCUAUGGCUUCACGCACGAGACCUGGGGCAGCGAUCACUUUCUCAACGCCGACGACGACAACUUCAUCACACGAUGGUUGUUCAACAAUGACUGGAAGAUCCAGAUACAAAAUCACCGGGAGUGCGAGGUCGAAACAACACUCGAGAGCGACUCGAAGUACCUGCGGCAGUGUCUGCGGUGGGUGCGCUCUAAUUGGAGGAGCAACCUAACGAGCCUGGCUGACAUGUCAAUGUGGAUAAACUACCCAUGGUCACUGUACGCCGUCUUCCAGACCACCAUUACGCAAUGGGCGUUCCCUCUCGACUGCCUCCUAUUGGCCUCCUUCCACUUUGCCUUAUCCGAAGCAGGAUACUAUGCAGUGGAUGGUGAGGUGCAGCCCCAGGCCGAGCAAUGGCAGCUUUCGUUGUUCUGGGGACUGUUCCUCGCUCACUUCGUCUUCGCAAAGACGAUCAAGCUAAUUCCGCAUUUGUUAAGAAACCCGGGCGACGUGCGCAUGAUCCCGGUCUCGGUCGCAUUUGGCUAUUUCCACAACCUGAUCAAGCUGUACGGCUGCAUCACUGUCACAGAGACCACCUGGGGCACUCGUGAAGGUGCAGAUGCCGACGACAACAUCAGGAUGCUACCCAUCCCCAGCACACCUCUAACUCCUCCUAUGAGCCCCACUCCCGAGCCAAAUAAGCUUCGCGAGAGAUGCGCCAUGUUUUCGACUGCCGCAAGCUGA